GCGUCGGCUGCGCAGUUUGGCGCAACGCGCCCGCGGGUUUCCCCUAAAAUUGUUUUUAUUUUCUCUUCGAUUAAAACAACAACAGCGGUAAACAAGCGAUAAGGAGCGCUAAAACAAAAAGCUACACGAGUCGCUAAUUUUAACCCCGCCGGUCGUGAUGAUGAGGACAGUCGUCGGAGUGGCGUCUGAGGAGGCGGUGGCGAUGUCGACGGUGGUGGUAGCCGCGGGCUGAGGGAAUCCGCGGCAAGGCAGCGCCGCUAGGCAAGGCGGUAGGCUUCAUGGCGGCCUACUACCGGGACUCGAGCCGUCGCUGCUGAAGUCUCGCUCUUCUCUAUCGCUCCCGCUCACGCCGCCGCGCUCUCUCGCACGCUUCUCGCCGCUCUUCAAGCGAUGGAAGGCGACGGCCACAGCGCGGAGAGCGGCCGCAGGGCGAAGGAGAGGCGACGGAAGGAGGCGACGCUGAAGCGACCGGCACCGAUCGCGGGGGGGACCUCGGACCCCGCCGCGGAGAAGGGAGACGCGGGCACGGGGAGCAGCAGGGAGGAGGGCAGCGGGGACGGGGGUCGGGCAGCAGCAGGGGCAGCAGCAGGGGCAGCGGGCAAACACGGACCAGCAGCACGAGCAGCAGUAGGAACACCCGGGGCGGCAGAAGGAAAUCGUGGGACAUCGGGGUCGGCGACAGGGUCAGUGACAGCAGCAGCAGCACCAUCAGCAACAACCGGGGCAGAAGCAAGAGCAGGAGCGCAUGAGGCAGCGGGGGUAGCAGUCGGUGCGGCGAAGCAGGAGGCGGCAGCAGGAGCUCGAACAUCUGACGCUGCGGCAGCAGCAGGGAAAGUUGGCACGGCAUUGACGAAAUCUAAAGCAGCAACUGCAGCUAAAGCUGGCGCAGAAGCAGGGAUGCCUAAAGCACCGGCAGAAGCAGCAGCAGCAAACCCUAAAUCAUUAGCAUUAACAGCUGUUGCAACAGCAGCAGCUGUAUCGUCGUCAAUGGCAGCAGUACAAGCUGCCGUUACAGCAGCAACUGCAUCAACGACGACGACAUCGUCAACACAAACAGGAGUAACAUCAGAAUCGGCAGCAUCUACACCUUUACCAGCAGCAAAAGCAACACCAUAUGAAUCUGCAUCUUCAGCAUCAUCAUCUUCAUCGUCGGAUAGUGAUGGUGGUGGAGGUCAAAGUAAUACUGUUCGUGUUGUAUCUGAUGGUGAUGGAAGAGCUUCUGGGGGUGGUGAUGGUGGUGGAGGACCAGGGGGUGGUGGUGGUGGUGGAGGAGCUACUGCUCUUGGAGUUGUUGGAGAUGGUGGUGGAAGACCAGGUAUUGGUGGGGGUCGUGGCAGAGCCGCUGGUGUUGGAGGUGACGGUAAAAGUGGUGGAGGACACGGCGGUGGAGGCGCUGGUGGCGAUGCUGCUGCUGCUGCUGGUGGCAGACGAGAUGACGAGGCCAAGGCGAGGAGCGUGGCGCAGCCUGGCACCCAGCGCUCGUUCGCGCCCGUGGGGAGAGUUCGCAGCGAGGAGAGCGAUGAGGCGUCCAAGGCAAAGUCUCUCGAACAGCCCCAGGCCUCAGGGCGGCGUCCAUCGGUGCUGUUCCGCAAGUCGAGCAUCCCGGACCUGUCGGGGAAGGCGCACAAGUUCCAGCGGCAGCUCAGCGAGGAGGACUCACGGGCUCGGCGUGGCAGCCUCGGGACAGCGCUGGCAGGUAAAUUCCUGCUGCCCGUGUCAGUGAGCAGCCAUGGAGGGGCGACAGGGCAUCCCUACUGGGGCUACCACCAGCUGCACGCGCAGCACUCGGAUGCAGGCAGCGGUGGCGGUGGCGGCGUCGGCGGUGGCGGCUCCUCCUCCAACCUGGUGCGCAUGAGGAACCAGGCGCUGGGCCAGUCGGCGCCAUCACUCACCGCCAGCCUGAAGGAGCUGAGUCUGCCAAGGCGGGGAAGCUUUUGCCGCACGAGCAACAGGAAGAGCCUGAUUGUGACCAACACGUCACCCACCCUUCCGAGGCCUCACUCCCCACUGCCGGGUGGACACACUGGAGGGAGUCCUCUGGACAGCCCACGCAGCUUCUCACCAAGCGCUCCGGCUCACUUCUCCUUUGCCACAGCUCGCAGAGAUGGGCGCCGUUGGUCUCUGGCUUCCCUGCCCUCCUCGGGGUAUGGCACCACCACCCCUAGCUCGGCUGUUUCGUCCUCGUGCUCGUCACAGGAGCGUCUCCACCAGCUCCCGGCGGCGCCCACUGCCGACGAGCUGCACUUCCUCUCACGCCACUUCUGCAGCACGGAGCACCUGGCCGACGAUGACGGAGGAGGGGGAGGAGGCGGAGGUGGAGGAGGAGGGGGAGGUGGAGGUGGAGGCGGCGGUGGCGGCAGCUGCGUUAGCAGCGUCAGCAGUGGCGGACGACGCUCGCCUGCGCUCCGCCCCCGCUCACGCAGCCUCAGCCCUGGGCGUUCCCCAUCUGUGUACGACAAUGAGAUCGUGAUGAUGAACCACGUCUACAAGGAAAGGUUCCCAAAGGCCACAGCGCAGAUGGAGGAGCGCCUACAGGUGCUGGUGGCAGUGAACGACCCCGAGGACACGCUACCGCUCGCGGACGGCGUGCUCAGCUUCAUCCACCACCAGCUCAUCGAGCUGGCGCGUGACUGCCUCGCCAAGUCGCGCACCGGACAGAUCACGUCGCGUUACUUCUACGAGCUGCAGGAGAACCUGGAGAAGCUGCUUAAUGACGCUCAGGAUCGCUCUGAGAGCAACGAGGUGGCGUUCAUCACGCAGCUUGCCAAGCGUCUGCUCAUCGUCAUCUCCCGGCCAGCGCGGCUGCUCGAGUGCCUGGAGUUUGACCCAGAAGAGUUCUACCACCUCCUGGAGGCAGCUGAAGGCCAUGCCAAGGAAGAUCAGGGCAUCAAGUCGGACAUCCCGCGCUACAUCAUCAGUCAGCUGGGUCUCACGAGGGACCCGCUGGAAGAAAUGGCUCAGCUGAGCAGCUGUGACAGUGGGAACCCAGAGACCCCCGAGACCGACGAUGCAACAGACUCACGAGCGGCAGAGAGCCUGCCCAAGAAAAAGCCGUGUGAAGAGGAUUUUGAGACGAUUAAGCUCAUCAGCAAUGGUGCCUACGGCGCGGUGUACUUGGUGCGGCACAAGGAGACUCGUCAGCGAUUUGCGAUGAAGAAGAUCAACAAGCAGAACCUGAUCCUGCGCAACCAGAUCCAGCAGGCCUUCGUGGAGCGCGACAUCCUCACCUUUGCUGAGAAUCCUUUUGUGGUGGGCAUGUUCUGCUCCUUCGAGACAAAGCGCCACCUCUGCAUGGUCAUGGAGUACGUGGAAGGGGGAGACUGUGCGACGCUGCUGAAGAACCUGGGCGCGCUCCCUGUGGACAUGGCGCAGCUCUACUUCGCCGAGACGGUGCUAGCGCUCGAGUACCUGCACAACUACGGCAUCGUGCACCGUGACCUCAAGCCGGACAACCUGCUCAUCACAUCCAUGGGUCACGUGAAGCUGACGGACUUCGGACUCUCCAAGAUCGGACUCAUGAGCCUCACCACGAACCUGUACGAGGAGCACAUCGAGAAGGAUACGCGCGAGUUCCUCGACAAACAGGUGUGUGGCACGCCCGAGUACAUCGCGCCGGAGGUGAUCCUGCGGCAGGGCUAUGGCAAGCCUGUCGACUGGUGGGCCAUGGGCGUCAUCCUGUACGAGUUCCUCGUCGGCUGCGUUCCAUUCUUCGGGGACACGCCCGAGGAGCUCUUCGGACAAGUCAUCAGCGAUGAGAUCGUGUGGCCCGAGGGAGAGGAUGCACUGCCAUCAGACGUCCAGGACCUCAUCACGGGGCUGCUUGAGCGAAAUCCUCUGGAGCGGCUCGGCACGGGUGGAGCCUUCGAGGUGAAACAGCACCAGUUCUUCCACAGCCUCGACUGGGACGGACUGCUCCGACAGAAGGCGGAGUUUGUGCCUCAACUCGAGUCCGAGGAAGACACCAGCUACUUCGACACGCGCUCGGAUCGCUAUCACCACCUGGACUCCGAGGACGACACAAACGACGAGGAGCCACUCGAGAUGAGGCAGUUCUCCUCCUGCUCGCCCCGCUUCAAGGUUUACAGCAGCAUGGAGCGUCUGUCCCACCACGACGAUCGGCGCAUCCCCACCACGCCCGCGACGCCUACGCCCACCCCGACGCCCAAGCGCAGCGCCAGCGAGGACAAGGAUGAGCGCGGCAGCCUCGUCACGCUGCGCGCGCACGACAAGGGCUGGAUGCUCGGUUCGCCAGAAAUCCUUCGCAAGCGUCUGUCGGGCUCGGAGUCGUCGCACACGGAGAGCGACGGGAGCCCGCCCGUGACGGUGCGGCGCCGGCGCUCGGCGCUGCUCGACAUGCCGCGCUUCGCCAUCGCGCUCGAAGACCAGGAGGGCGAGGCGGCCUGCACGGCGGCCGCAGCGGCAGUCGCGAUAAUGGGCGGAGGAGGUGCGACGUCGUCGCACGCGCCCGUCGCACGGAGCGGCAGCAAGUCCGGCGCCACGCAGGCGCUGCUCACCAUCGGAGAGCUGGCGCUGACGGAGGAGGCUGGCGGGACGCCCACCACCCCGACGGGCAGCGGCGGCGGCGAUAACAGCAGCUCCACACUGUCCGAGAGCGGCACGGACGUCUUGGAGGGCCCCGCCCGUUCCCGUGGUGACAGCGCCGACUGCUCGCUGCUGGACGGCGCCGCGUCUGCGGCCGCGUCGGCGACGUCGGCCAAGGCGACGAGCGACCUGGCGGUGCGGCGCGCGCGCCACCGGCUCAUGUCGGGGGAGGCCGGGGCGACGCCGGCCGUCGGGGGACCGGCCCCCGAGCGGCGCAAGGCCAAGCCGCUCAACAAGGUCAUCAAGUCGGCGUCGCACAGCGCGCUCUCGCUCGUCAUUCCCUCCGAGCAGUACGUGGGCUCCCCACUGGCAAGCCCCAUGUCCCCGCGCUCGCUGUCGUCGAAUCCAUCGUCGCGAGACUCGUCCCCAUCGCGGGACUUCUCCCCGGCGCUGGGGGCGCUGCGCUCGCCCGUCGUGAUCCACCGCGCCGGCAAGAAGUACGGCUUCACGCUGCGCGCCAUCCGCGUCUACAUGGGCGACUCGGACGUCUACUCUGUGCACCACGUCGUGUGGAACGUGGAAGAGGGCAGCCCAGCCAACGAGGCCGGACUGCGCGCGGGUGACCUCAUCACGCACGUCAACGGGGAGCCCGUGCACGGCCUGGUGCACACAGAGGUGGUGGAACUCAUCCUGAAGAGCGGCUACAAGGUGUCCAUCGCGACGACGCCGUUUGAGAACACGUCCAUUAAGGUGGGGCCUGCACGGCGCGGCAGCUACAAGUCCAGGAUGGCUCGGCGCAGCAAGAAGAGCAAGAAGAAGGAGGGAACCGACAAUCGCAAGCGCACGCCGCUGUUUCGCAAGGUGACACGCCAGGUGACGUUGCUGCAGACGAGCCGCAGCCUGUCGUCCCUCAACCGCUCGCUGUCGUCCAGCGAGAGCGUGCCGGGUUCGCCCACGCACAGCCUGUCCCCACGCUCGCCUCCGCAGUGCUACCGCUCCACCCCAGACUCGGCACACUCCGGAGGUACGUCGUCUCCGAGCAGCUCCCCGUGUUCCAGCACCCCUAACUCCCCCGCGGGCUCGGGACACAUCCGACCCAGCACCCUGCAGGGGCUGGCGCCCAAAGUGCAGCGCACGUACCGCUCGCCGCGCCGCAAGUCAGCCAGCAGCAUCCCCCUGUCGCCGCUGGCGCGGACACCGUCCCCCGGGCGACCUUGCUCCAGCGCCACGGGGACGGCGGCCGGAACCGGAGCGUCCGGGUCCCCUCCGCCCUCGCGCUCCGAGUCGCCCACACCCACGCCGUCGCCCGCGCUCUGCCAUCCCGGGCUCGCGGCCGGCGCCGGCGUGGGCAAGAUGCACUCGUCGCCGCCCACCGUCAUACGGCAGGUAUUUGUGAAUGCCUCCCAGUCCACGCGUCCCAAGAGCGCCGAGCCCCCGCGAUCCCCACUGCUGAAGCGCGUGCAGUCGGCUGAGCGUCUCGCCUCCGUCUACAAUUCCGACAAGAAGCAACAGCAGCAGCAGCAGUUACAGCAGCUGCAGCAGCAGCAGCAACAGCAACAGCAAGGGCAGGCACAGCACACGCCGCUUUGUCGCAAGCCCGACCCGUGCGACCUGCGCAAGGAGGACGCGUCGCGGCCCGAGCGCGGCUGCCUGCGCAAGCUGUCCCGCCAGGAGCACGACGACGGGGAGGAGCGCGAGCGUCACCACCGCGAAGGCUGCCUGUCAGCCAGGGCCGACAAGAGCAAGCUGCCCAAGCAGGAGAUCGAGGCCAUCGAGGAGGGCAGCGACUCGGAGACGGAGGGCGAGAGCACGGGCGACUCGGACAAAACUGCGGAUGGCUGCGAUGCCGCCGGACAUGGCUGUGGCGAGCCGGGGCGCUGCGUCCCGGGGGGCGCCGCCAAGGGGGCAGUCCAAGAGGCUGGAACGGCGAUGACGCCGGUUAAAGACUCCGCACAGCUGGCGAUGCCAAAGCGCUCCUCGCCUGUGUCCGAGGGGAAGGCCGCGGGCGCGAUGGAGAGCUGCGAUCGCGUGGGGCUCUGCCAGGACAAGGAGCCAGACGUUGAUCUCAGGCCAGACCUGAGGACACAUACGGACAAACGCAUAACGCAGCAAGAGACCGUGCCAAAGAUUGAGUUGUCUAACGAUAUCGAUCAAGCGAGUGUCGACAGCGCUACGUCAAGCCAAACUGUGAUAAAAAAUCUCGAACAAGGCAAUUCCGUGGUUCUUCCCGUGGAAGCUACAGGAGCAGCAGCAGCAGUAGUGAUGGGGGCAACAGCAGAUAAGUUGGUCCAGCAGAAGCUGCCAGACACCUUUCCCUCUGGAGCAAAAUCCGAAGUGGGUUCAAAACCAGAGCAGGUGCCGCGGAUGGACCAGGGUGUCCAAACAGACUCGGCGCUCACCAACUAUCGCCCUGGAAUCCUGCGGUCAGCUGAGCGGAGGAGCAGCUCCCUGGUUGAGGGAAUGGUCAAAUCAUCACCAGCACCUGUAGCUGGGUUAGGAACGGCAGCCACAGCGAGGGAGGCAUCGACGUCGAUGAGCAAGGAGCCAGCGGUGUCAGCAGGCAAGCCAGGGCCCUCGAAGCGGCAGGCAGAAGCAUCCAUCAGUGCGGGCAGCAGCGUGGCCCCCACGUCGUUGGGAAAGGCAGAGGAUGCCAUGGCGUCGAAGGUCAUUUUGGACCUGCAGGGGAUCCUGCUGGACCCGCCGAAAGCCAUGUUGGGCCAGUGUUUCACACGCUCGGCAUCCGUCUCGACGCUCAACAAGAGGGACUCUCAGCAAGCCAAGGGCGAGUUCCACGCGGAGGCGAGGGCGACCGCUGGGCUGGCCGGGCACCCGCUAGUCUGUUCGAGCGACGCCAUAUCCGCACUCGAAAGGAUUUUGCUGUCGUCGUCAAAGGUCGGCCCCGGGGGGAGACCGGCACCUGACAGGGAGCUUGGCACAGAGCCCGGAGAUAGCGCAACAGCCAAGGCGGUCGCUCGCACGGCACCCGGAGUGGGCGAACGAAACCCAGCGCUGAGGCCACUCGUGUCUUCUUUGCCGAGCUGGGAGGCGAAGGCAGUGGUGGCGGUGUCGGAGAGGGAGCGGCGGGUGCUGCGCCCCGGCUCCCCAGCGCCGGAGCGGAAGCGUCCGUUUUCCUGGGCGCCGACAACAUUCCCAGCAGAUGCAGAGGCCGCAGCCUUCGUGCCACCAUUGCCACCGCAGCUUCCACCACAGCCUCCACCGCAGCCUCCAUUGCAGCAUCCACCACCACCAACACUGAGGGUGGAGGAAAGGAUGAGUAGUGAUCCCCAGCCCAAGGAGAUGGACGGAAAGUCUAAAGCACCGGGCAGCAGCAAGAAAUUAGUGUAGACAAAGAAGCAAAUCAAGGGAUAUUAGCAUGUUUACUACGCCGUGCUGCGGUUUGACUUUUAUUGUUUCCCCUGAAAUUAGUUUCCCGCAAACCCCGCCUGCCUCAGCACUGUCAUUGUGGCUCUUGCUGACCAUCCCUUCAUCCUGAUUCCCGCUCGUUUAUGGAUUCCUUGUCGAAAAAAAACACAUUCAUCCUCGCUCUCCCCUGUGCUAACUGCCCCUGACCACAACCCAAUUCUCUCAAGGCAAAACCUCACCCCUGUUGGACCAUGAUCCCAUUAACCUGUGACCCCUAAACCCACGUCCCUGGUAGCUUGUUCCCUGUGAUAUUCGCUUGAAGCAGGUGUUGCAAACCCGUAGUUUUUUUUUUAUUAGUGUUGAAUUGCUAGGCCAGUUGGGUAAUCGGUGUCACCCACAUAUUUAAUUAAUUAAUUUGGAGAUUUGGCUGGGUGUGACACACAUACAAGCACCAUUGCAUUGAAAUGCAGAGGGGAGAAAAAAUUGGAACCCUCAGUACACCGCUUGCUCCACUGGUUGCGGUGACUUGACAUCGGUAGUGCACGUAUAUCGGGAGGGUUGUAGCGGUUGAACGGACGAGUCUGUUGGUCCAUCUUGUAGUUAGCAGUUUGUCUCGAGUUAUCUGCUUCUGCCUGUGGUGGUGUCGGUGCUGUUGGCUGUGCCGUUGUACAUAAAACAUGUUAGUCCGCUUUGCAGUGUGGCUGCACGUAUUGCUCACAUUGCUUGUCUCUUUAGGUUGAGUGUUAUUCUUUUUACACUGAAAUACUUGAAAGCUGUAUGUAUGUGUAUGUAAAUAGUAUACAGUAUUUAUGCAUUACUUGGCAUUUGGCAGUGUUGAGCUUUGUAAGUGAAGCCAACGCAUUAUAGAAUAGGUAGUGCUCCUUUUGGCCCCAGCAGCUGUGUGCUUGGCUCUGCAGUGGAAUCGUAGGUUCUGAGAAUGGUGUCACGUUCAGAAAUAUUGUCUUAGUUUUCUUUGCGGUGCAUACGCAAGUCAAACGGCUCCAGUCAGAACAUUUUCCGGCUCGUUUAAGUAAGUUUCACCACACCUCGGACACUGCACACUGUCUGGCUUUGCGACUGGAAGAAUGUUUAAAAAAAAAACGUUCCUCCUGCAGACUGUGUGGGGACCAAACACAAAUGGAUCCCAAUUUGACCAAUUUGGUUGAGGCCUGGAUAAAUAUUUAGGAAUAUAAAGGAAUCCGAUCAUGGGGAUACAGGUAACACAUUUUAAGUCUGCUCCAUUGCUUGCAGACGAAUAUUGGUUUCCGUAUAGUUGGUUUCUAAAAAGAAAAAAACUGCUUCUUGGAUAACAAGAAAGCCAGAGGUAAAAAAAAAUCCAGCUGUAAAUGCAAACUUUGUCUCACAGUAUUCUGAGAUCUCACUCCUUUCAUUAUCAUCCCAGUGAACAUGCAUACUCCAGGCAUGUGUGGUGUUUCAAUAUAUUUGUGAGUGUACCAUUCUUUUCAUUUAGCUGUUGGAAGUUUAGUGAACUCACCAUCACUCGGUUUACGGUUACUGUUGGCUAUGGGAUUGCUGGCAUCUGGUGAAUCAGAUGUGGGUAUGUCACCACUGGUCUGGCCAUAAUGACAGUGGAGAUCCCCAAAGAGUAUGGAAGAAUCUAUAUCAUACAAUAAAGGCCUGGCCUGGAGAAUAAAUGGACAAUUGGAAUAUAUUAUAAUUCGUAUUCAAUGUAAUUUGGUGAAACAUUCACAUGGGCCGGUUUUUUUAUCACACACAUUUUGCACACGGUCUCAGAACACGAGGACACAAAUGGUCUGUUUGCAGUGGAGAGUUUUUUUUCUCCCAUUCCUGAACAGAGCAGGAAGGAAAGAUCUACGAGAUGCAAGAGAAUCGCAGCAGAAUGGCACUGUAUGGCUGAAAGCACAGUGUGGUGCAACAUAUCAGUGUGAAAAACGAAAAAACUAAAUAAAAUACAUUUUACUGUGAUCUGGCUAGGAAUUUGGUGAAUUUCAAUUAAGCCACCUGCUGCUUUAAAAUUAAGCCCAGAUUGCAAAUGUAAUUUAUCGAUGACAUAUUGUGACAUGGAAACUAGGUUGUGCCGCUUGGGAUUCUGCUUUACACUGCGAAUGAAGAAAGUGCGCAUUCCAGUGUCGUGAGAUGCGUGGCCACGUUCAAUAAUAUUUUAUGGUUUUUAUUUACUUCGCAAUCAGUAAAUGCUUUCCAUUUUGUGUUAUUAUUAUUUUUAUCAAAGAAAAAAAAAGCAUCAUAUCUCCAUGGUUUACUUGGUGUGACUGGUUACAAAAGUUAAUUACAUUAAAGGGCAAUAUAAUUGAGCAGAAUACGCCAGCUUUCAGAUUCCUUUUCUGCUGGUGUCUGCCAGGGAUCGCGGUGCGCUGCACCCUUUGAAGGGCAACUGCCGUUCGUAUGAACUUGCCUUGAAAGUCUGUAAGGUCUGUUGUGUACCUCUGUGUAUUUGUGCGAGUCGGAGCAUGUAUGCGUGUUGAGCCCAUUUACACACUACAAGUGCAUGCAAAAGAAAUACAUGUUUCCUUACAUGAGGCUAUGACUGUGGCAGAGGAAUCGAUUUAAAUUUUCAUGUGCUCUGCAUGUUAUGGCUUUCCGAUAGUUUGGGGAAAGCGAACUCAUGUGGAUAAGCAUAGAUAAUGAUAAACUACAUGAUAGUCCAUCUCAUUAACUGGGAAAAUACACACAGAUUGGGCUCACUUUUGAGAAUUAGAUGCUGCAAAAGGCGUAAUGAUCAAAUGUUAUCCUGGAUUCUUGUAAAGCCACUUACAAGCCAUGCAUUUACAUAUUACACUGCAGUGAAGUCGGGUAACAAUGAGAAAAUUAACAGUGAUGAUGUCAUUGUGUUACACAGGUGUCAGUGCAGCAUUUUGACUUAGAUUGCCCAUCUGCCAACAGCAAAUAAAUGUUCUGAUAUUAUUUGGACGUCAUUUGCCAAAUUCACAAACCAAAAAGUUAUUUAGAUUAUAAAGCCUCAAUUUUAAAGCCCCACUGUGUUUUUGCUGGUUCAUGUUUAUAACGUCUGUAUAAAGCAACUUUGACAAUU